AUGGGUGCUACUCGAGCCAACAAGGAAAUCUACUUUGAGAAGUUGAGAGCUCUUAUCGAGCAAUACCCCUCAAUCUUCGUUGUCAACAUCGACAAUGUAUCUUCUCAACAACUCCACAUGAUCCGACAAUCCCUCCGAGGACGAGCUGUCGUCUUGAUGGGAAAGAACACCAUGGUCCGAAGAGCUAUCCGAGGAUUACUCGCAGAAUUCCCUCAAUUCGAAAAGCUCAUGCCCUACAUCAAAGGAAACGUCGGUUUCGUCUUCACCAGUGAAGAUCUCAAGGAAAUCCGAGAAGUGAUCCUUGCCAACAAGGUCGCUGCUCCUGCCAGAGCCGGUGCCAUCGCUCCCAACGACGUGUACGUCCCAGCCGGUAACACCGGUAUGGAACCCGGAAAGACCUCUUUCUUCCAAGCUUUGGGUAUCCCCACCAAGAUUGCCAGAGGUACCAUUGAAAUCGUCAACGACGUUCAGGUCGUAGCUGCCGGUACCAAAGUCGGAUCUUCCGAAACCGCCUUGUUGAACAUGUUGAACAUCUCUCCUUUCACCUACGGUUUGACCGUUGUUCAAGUUUACGACAACGGUGCUGUCUUCGCUUCCUCCGUUUUGGACAUUGAGGAGAAGACCCUCAUCGACGGUUUCGUAUCUGGUAUCAAGACCAUCGCCGCCAUCUCCCUCGCUACCAACUACCCCACCAUUGCCUCCGUCAUGCACUCCUUGGUCAACUCUUACAAGAACAUCCUCAACGUCUCGCUCGCUACCGACUACGAGUUCGAGGGUUCCGCUAAGAUCAAGGAAUACCUUGCCAACCCCGAAGCCUUCGCUGCUGCUGCCCCUGCCGCCGCUGCCACCGAGUCAGCCGCUGCUGAAGCCGCUCCCGCCGCCGCCAAGGAAGAGGAGAAGGAGGAAUCCGAUGAUGACAUGGGUUUCGGUCUUUUCGACUAA